UCACAUGAUAUUACUGAACCCCGAAAAUCUCCACUUGUUUAUAAACCUGGUUUUUAUUAUUUGUUUACCAUCGGAAGAAACAAUCAUUGUAAAAAAAUAUUUGACACCUGUAAUUUCACAGAUUUAUCAAUUCGUGAAUUGAUUCAGUGCCAAAAGUGAAGGAAAUCCUUGCGAAAAUAGAAUAAACGUUAAUGAAAUGGAAUGUUUUGAGGUUAAGAGUGGAAUGUCUGACGUUUUAAAACGAUGAAUUCACCAAGAAAAUCGAGAAAUCACCGAGAAAAUGAGAGAAAAGGGAGAAAUUCCGAUGAUUGUGGGUCUUCAAGUGAUUUAGGAUUGAAGAAUCACAGGUCAUCGGAGAGAUCUGAUGAUUUGACAUUUACCAGAUUCAGGUACGAGUUGAAUAAAAUAUUCUCAGCAAAUCCAAAUUUAGUGCAAGACCCAGAGGACUUCUGGGGAUUUGUAAAAAAAUAUGAGGCUCUCCAGAAUAAGUUGGGGAAAAAUCAGAAAGAUGGAAAGUCUGAUGAAAAGAUAUCCAGGGAUGUUCCCGAGAAUUUCCAGAAAAAUCUUUGCAUCAAUCUGAAGCUAAAUUUGAAAUUUGAAGAGAUAUUCGCGCGAGUUCCACAUACGAGUGAUUUAAAUACCUCCAAGCUACUUAAAUUCAAGGAGAUUUUGGUGCUGUACCUGGACUUCAAGCAGAAAGAGAAAUUUGGAAAGUUGAAGAAGUUGAGAGAGAGCCAGAGGAAUUUGCCAGUAGCAAAGUACAGAGAGGAAAUAAUCGAAGCUGUUAAACAAGAGAGAGUUGUAAUAAUUGCUGGUGACACUGGCUGUGGAAAAUCAACACAAGUACCUCAAUAUUUGUACACCUCUGGAUUCACGAAGAUAGCAUGUACCCAGCCGAGGAGGAUCGCCUGCAUUUCGCUGUCGAAACGCGUUGCCUUCGAGACUCUCACGGAGAACUUCCCAGUGGUGGGAUAUCAAAUUCGUUUCGAGAAGCAACGAAAUCAAAAUACGAAAAUAACAUUCAUAACUGAGGGACUUCUACUGCGCCAGGUCUCAUCCGAGACCGGUCUCUCUCAGUACGACGUUGUCGUCCUAGAUGAGGUACACGAGCGUCACCUCUACGGCGACUUCCUCCUGGGAAUAAUGAAGUGCUUGAUCUACCAGAGACCAGAUCUCAAGAUCGUCCUCAUGUCUGCCACUAUAAAUAUCCAACUCUUCAGCUCUUACUUCGCAAAAGAAGAGGUCCGAAUAAUUCAAGUGCCAGGUCGUCUCUACCCGAUUAAACUCCUCUACCGUCCGAUAACAAUUGAUGACUUCAAGUACAAAAAUGAUAGAUUCAAUCCUUCUCCCUACGUCCAGAUUCUCCAAUUAAUCGACACGAAUUAUCCCUCAGAUGAGAAAGGGGAUUUACUUAUUUUUCUCAGUGGAAUGAGUGAGAUAACAGCUGUAGUAGAUUCAGCAAAGGAGUACGCUCAGAAGAAAAAUAACUGGAUAAUUCUGGCCCUGCACUCUACCCUCUCGAUCGCAGAGCAGGAUAAAGUCUUUGAUUAUCCCCCCGAGGGGGUGAGGAAGUGCAUAGUGUCGACUAAUAUAGCUGAGACUUCCAUCACGAUCGAUGGAAUUCGAUUUGUCGCUGAUUCAGGAAAGGUUAAAGAGAUGAGUUACGAUCCAAACUGCAAAAUUCAACGUCUGAAGGAAUUUUGGAUCUCAAAGGCGAGCGCUGAGCAGCGUAAAGGUCGAGCAGGUCGAACAGGUCCAGGUGUUUGCUAUCGGGUUUACUCUCAAGAGGACUACACGUCCCUCGAAAAAUACUCAACACCAGAAAUUCAACGAGUCCCACUGGAUUCCCUUCUCCUCCAGAUGAUGGCAAUGGGUCUUCCGGAUCCCCGAAAAUUUCCCUUCAUCGAGCCACCACCUCCCCAGAGUCUUGAAAAUGCUAUUCUCUCUCUCAAAGAGCACGGAGCAAUCACAGAUAACGAAAAACUCACCUGCAUCGGUAGAACCUUAUCGAGACUACCCGUCGACAUCACAAUAGGCAAAAUGUUGAUAAUGGGAUCGAUCUUCCAUCAAGUGGAGCCAGUGCUGUCUCUAGCUGCAGCCCUCAGCAUUCAAAAUCCAUUCACUAAUCGAGCGUUUAAGGACUCGGAUUGUGAAACCUCACGAAAAAAAUUGGAAUCCGAUCAUGGAGAUCCUAUUACUUUACUCAAUGCCUACAGAGAGUGGCUAGAAGUCAAGCACGAGAAUAAUCACGAGGGUCGAAACACCAGUGGUAACAGCAGAAAAUGGUGCAGACGUCGAGGCCUUGAGGAGCAGCGUUUCUACGAGAUGACAAAAUUGAGAAAUCAAUUCAAAGAUCUUCUCAAAGACUGCAAACUCAUGAGGAAUCAUAAUCAACAAUCAAACUCAUCGCUGUCGAGCGCCGAUAGAGCCCUGAGACAUGGAGAACUCAGACUCCUGAAGUCAUUGAAAAGAACGUACAAGGAAACGUCGAAUAGCAGGAGGAGAAAGCAGUUGAAAGUUGAUGAAUUCGAUCUACAAUUGAAUAAUGAUGAUGACAAUGAUGACAUCGAUAUUAAAGACGUGGAGUUUAGAAUGAGAAAUGAUGCCUCUCAGGUUCAGAAUUUAGUCAACGCCAGUACUGCAUGCUCUUACAAAGAUCUGACAAUGUUGAAAUUAAUUCUUUGCAGUGGAUUAUAUCCACAAUUUUCUAUUGCUGAUGAGUUCAAUUACUGCAAAUCCAUGAGUGAACAGCUCUUUCAUACUAGAUCAAAACCCUACGUAGCACUUCAUCCAAUGAGUUAUUUCGGUAAUCACCCACAAAUUCUUCAGCUGGAGGAGCCUGAUAUCAUUGAUAUUCCAGGAUUCAAAUCGAAGACUCCAGUGAGUCCUAAACAUCAGGUACUAGUUUAUUUAUCGCUUCUUGAAACAACAAAACCGUAUUUAGUUAAUACAUUGAGAAUGCCAGCUGCUCAAACUCUUUUAUUAUUCUCUCAUGACAUCGACACGAAUUCCGUUAUGUCUGUUAUCAUUUGUGAUAACUGGUUGAGACUGGAGUUUCCGUUAAUCGAUAGUGGAAUGAAUCUGCUGAUCAGGGCGAUGAGAAUUCGAGAGCGGUGGGAUCUGCUGCUGAAGAAACAGCUGAUGGAUAAAAGUGAAGAGGUGGAUGAGGAGGAGGAAUCGAAGAGAUUAGAUGAGAUGGAGUACGAGUUGAGCAGAGAUUUAAUUGAUUUCAUGCACACGAGCGUUCCUUACACCAUUAAGAGACUUCUGCCUGCAGAUUUGAGUCAAAUUUACGUUGGACCUGAAGAAAAUUAUAAUUCUCUCGGGGAAAGUAAUCCCUUUCACAAUUUCACUUGCGUUUCAAAUACCAUUAAGGGUGGAAUUAGAGUCAGUGAUUACGUCACUUACAACUGCUUAUUGGAAAAUGAUUGGAGUGACAAAAUGAUAGCAGAGAUGAUGGAAAAUUCUUGGGAAUGUCCUGAUUGUGAUUUCAAGGGGACUCUGCAGACUAUCGAAAAAUUACAGCAUCAGGGAAUGUGCAGUAAGAUAAGGAAAAAAAAUGUUUUAAGAAAUCAAGAAGGUGGGAGUCAAUCUAAGGCUGUGAGGAAAAGUAAUUGUAAAGAGUAUGAGUGUGAGGAGUGCAAAGAGAUUAUGUGGCUGACACCCAUCGAAAUAUUGAGACACAAGAAAAAACACUGUAAAGAGAAUGUUAAUUGAAUUGUUUAAUGGGACAAUUCUUAUUUAUGUAUUUCGCACAAUUUAUGCUAUAAAAUAUGUAAAAUAUUUGUAUAUAGAUUUUAUGUAUUAUUUAUAAAU